AUGGCUUCUGAUCUUGCCUUUUCAGAGGAUUUUAAAGCGAAUGUGGGCUCGUGGCUUUCUUGGAAAAUUUCGUUUCCCUGGAAGAAACAGUGUAAACCUCGGUCACUGGGAGUAAUUGCCAGAGCGUCUGGCGAUGAGGCCCUAAUUCACUUCCGAGAAUCUUAUUCCAAAAUAACCGUCAAAGACAAUGCAGAAGACUCCAUCAAGCCCUUGAAGAUCAAGAGCUCCGACUUUCGAGCUCCUAAAAAUCCUAUCGUACUGUGCCAUGGACUUUCAGGAUUUGAUCGGCUAAUCCUAUUGCCAUCCAUGGGACAAUUGACCAAGAUUUUGAGCAACCAUUCUUCUUCUUCCAAUUCAGACCAGUUUAUGGAGCAAGAUGCGGAAAAGUCCAGAUUGAAGGGUUUGUUGGAGGUAGAAUACUGGUUCGGGGUCCAGCAAGCUCUCGAAGCUAAAGGCUGCACAGUUAUACCCACCCGAGUUCCUGGAUUUUCUAGUAUUCAAGAUAGAGGUCAAGUUCUGAACGAAUGCAUAGAACGAGAAGCUAGGUUUUUGAGGUAUUCCCGCAGCCCUGACGAAGUGUACAAUUCAAGCCAGGAAACAAGAAAAACAGAGGGACGUCAAGAACCCAUCAAGGUGAAUUUGAUCGCACACUCGAUGGGCGGAUUGGAUUGCAGAUACAUGAUCCACAAUUUGAAAAACAAGAAUUUCGACGUCCUCAGCCUGACCACCGUGUCGACCCCACAUCACGGGUCUGAAAUGGCGGACUUCGUUGUGAGUCUCUCUCGAGACAUGCAAAAAGGCAUUGCCACUGAUUCAAAACUCAAAAUUCUGCCCCCUGCUAUCUACCAAUUGACAACAGAAAGCAUGAACGCUUUCAAUAAGACCACCCCGGAUGAUCCCAACGUAAAAUACAUGAGUUACGGAGCUUCCAUGCAACCCAAAUGGUACAACCUAUUUUUCACUUCCUGGAAUAUCGUCCACGAUCUAUCCGGUGGGGAGCCCAACGAUGGGCUCGUGAGCGUCAAGAGCAGCAAAUGGGGAGAGUAUCUGGGCACGAUACAAAAUGCUGACCAUUUGGAUAUUAUAAACUGGAAAAACAAACUGCAGAAGGACUUUUCGCGAGCCUUGGUACCUAAUGACCUCGUAAAGGAAAAAUUGGAACCUGAAGUGAAUAUGCUGGACUUCUACUUGGGCAUAGCCGAUGACCUGGCUCGCAGAGGGUUCUAA